AUGGAGGGGAACGCGCACCUCCUCCAGGUCAUCCACAAGAUGCGUUCACAAAUCAACAGGCUGGAGAGAGAAAACAGGGCCCUGAGGGGAGAGCUGCAGGUCUGCGGGCAGAGAGCUGAGAGAGACGCAGCAAGAGAAGGUGGCAACAGUGACAUGAGGAGUCCUGAUGGUGACGGGGAAGGACCUGCAGGCUCUGCAGCAUCCCUGCGUGGUGGCACCGUGGCUGGUCCUGCUCUAGCACCCAAGGAGCAGACAGAUGCCACCAUGACGGUGAGGCGCUACUCCACCACUUCCCCAGCGCCUGCUGCUCCCAGCACCAGCUCCCACUGGGAUGGCACCGUGGUCCAGGGUCCCCCCAGGACCCUGCCACCAGCCCCUCCUGCUACAGCACAGCCCACCCUUGGAGAGGGGAGGGGGCUGGGAGAAACUCCAACCAACCUUCCCUCCUACAGUCAUUCCAGCAAAGUGAGGCUGCUUCAGGAUCAUGUCUGUAAGUGCAGGGGUAAAGUAAAGGCUGUUAGUUUCCUCUUACCAAUGGAUGUGUCAUCAUAUGCUGAAAAGCAAGGUUCCCUCAAAAGCCCACAGAAUCAGAGCACAAAACAGUUAACCACCAUCACUGAAAAGGAUAUGUGA